GUCACCUUUGUUUUGGACUCCUCUGUGGGAAUGAAUGUCUUUCUGGGACAAGUGAAGAAUCUUAUUAUUCAAACCUUGAUUACUAAAGCUUCACUCAAAAACUCACUCUUCAACAUUAUCAGCUCUUCAUACAAGUCUACACCAUGGUCGUCUCACAUGAUGCCCUGCACUCCUGAUGUAGUCUAUGAAGCCUUGAGCUGGAUCCACACAUUACAGACAAGUCCUGGCAGAGACCUCCACUCAGCACUGGCCUUAGCUUUCUCUGACCCUGCCUGUCAGUCUGUCCAUUUGGUGGGCAGCGGUCUCCCGGACAACCCACCACAAUGUCUGACUUCAUUAUCAACCCUGGUGAUGCGCCCUGUGAAUACAUUUUACAUAUCCGACAAGACUCCCGUGAACACGGACAUAUCAGACUUCUUGCAGUGCAUGACUUCCACCACUAGAGGAAGCUGUUACGUCAUGACGCUCAACUCAGCUGGCAAUGUGGACCAGGUAAAAUAUACUGUUCAUCCUCUGUUAGUUAGUCAGAUUAUUAUUAUUUUUAAAGAAAAUGUUUUAAAAUGUCAAACAGCUCCGUUUGUUGCAUUCAAUGGAUGACCUGUUUCAAACCCGUCACACUCAGAGGACCCAUGGCGUUCAGUGGACAUCAAUCAGGUCCAAUACUGCAACUGCACAAGCUGUGUCUGUUCUGUACCAAGCUGGUGUUCCUCUACGAAUCCUUUUAGUAGAGUAUCAUGUGUAUCUGCAAGGGUAAUGCGAGGUGCUGAGCUUUUUCCUGGUUGCCGUGUGUUAGCCAGGAGAGAAAUAGAUGGGUUUUACUACCUGGGGACAAUCAUACAUCAGCGCAGAGGAAAUCUUUAUAAGGUGGAGUUUGAUGAGUUUGGACCUAAAGGAAAUACAUUUAUGGACACAGUUCAGCCAACCUGCCAGCCUGAUUUGGUUAGUCUAGCCAGUGCACACAGGCACAGUAUCAUGCCAGGAGACACUGUUCUAGCACCAUGGGAGCCAGACAUGAGACGAUAUGGGCCUGGAAGGGUCAUUUCCGGUAUGGAGCUAAGAGAUCCGCUUAAAAUUGAUGAAGGUCUUUUGGGACUCCAGGUUCUCUUCUGGAACGGCAUGACAAUUUAUGUCCCCGAACAGCUCGCAGUAUGGAUUCCAGCCUCUCAUUAUGAACAAAUUAUCAAAAACCUCCGGCAUUAUUCAUCCCGGCCAUGUUGCUCCAGGGUUUCCCAUUGCGGCACCAUGAAUUGUUUGGAAUUUCCAUGUCAUCAAUGUGACCACCCCAGUCUGUCCUCCAUUCCACCAUGCCACUGUUCAGUGAGGAGAUGCUGGCCAGUGUUCAUGUCAUCUCCACUACUGAAUAAACAAAGAAGAGAUGAGCUGGAGAGGAAAGUUUAUCUUCAACUGAAAGAACUACAGAGCUCUCAACAGACACAAGUGCUUUUAUCCUCAUCAUCAGCCUUUGACUAUGAGAAUGAGGAGGAUACUGCAGCUGGAAAACACAGGCCUUCAAGGUCAGAAGUGGUGAGCCGAUCAAUAAACACAGACCUUUCCUGCCUGAGAAAGCCAUACACUCAUCCUGAGACCAGACCAGCCUGGAGAUACUGGAAAAAGGGUUCUGCCGAACCACAGCACAAGCAACCAGGGAGAGCAGUCAGGUCGACAAAUGUCAGCCAUUCUUGGUCUGGAGACACUGGGAAUUCUGGGAGCUUUAUAGGUAACUCUGACGACCAAUCAAAGCUCUUUAUUUAAGCUGGUUCCCUGUUUACCAAAA